UCCUUCCUUGUGCAUCCCCCCCGUCCCCUGCUCCCUGCCCGCGGCGCUUCGUGCGAGGGAGGCGCCGCUGGAAGCGACAGAAUUUUCCGUCCCUGCCUUUCCUUACAGACUGAAUGGCUGUGCCCCGAGCAUAGGGAGCAGUGGAUGAGGCAGCAUGCAAAGCAGUAGGGAGUGUGUGGCCGGCUAUCAUCGCUGCUGUCCUUUUCCACGCAGAGAGUCGAUGGCCUUCUUGUGGGCUGCUGGUGUCCUGGAAGAUCUUUAAACGUGGAUCUGUUCGAACCUGCCACUUCUGUUCCGCUCAUUGUCCUCUUUAACAGUGGAAACAUGCAGAGUGCAAGAAGUGGAUAAACUACAAUUUCAAUAUUGUAAUCUUAUUAAAAAUUAUUUAUAGCACUGGGAGACUGAGUAUUCUCCUUCUGGAAUCAUCAUAUGUCAGAAGUGUCCAAGGCUUUGUAAAACCAAUAGAUGAACAUGGAAAAUGCCCAACAGAUGAACACGGAAAAUGCCCAACAGAUGAACACGGAAACACACCUAGACCCCAUGAAGGAUGACUUGCCUUUAAUGGCAAACACCAGCUACAUGCUUGUAAAGCAUUAUGUGUUGGACUUGGACGUGGAUUUUAAAAGUAAAGUUAUUGAAGGCAGCAUAGUUUUGUUCUUUGAGACUGGGAGCCAAUACAGAAAAACCAGCAGUGCUGGCAAAGAAUGCUGCCAGUCACAGUUUGAUGAAACCUGUAAAAUGAGGGCAUCUGAACCCUGCCACAUUCCUAUGAUAAAUGUUAGUACCUGUUCAUCUAAAACUGAAUGUAAUGAUUUUGCUGUCAGUGGUAAAGAAGAGGAAGCUACUUCCGAUGAGAACAGUAACCAUAGCAACAAUGAACAGGCUUCUGGGAUUUCUAGUUCAAAGGACUGCUGUGACCUAGAGGAUUGUGGAAACAAGGAUUUUCUGCUGGUAUUGGAUUGCUGUGAUUUGUCUGUACUAAAGGUUGAAGAGGUAGAUGUUGCUGCUGUGUCUGGCAUUGAAAAAUUUACAAGGUCUGCCAAACUAACUGGUGUUUCAAAGGAGCUGGAAAAUCUCAGGAAUCGGAUUGUACAGGAACUUGUGACUUUACCUGCAGAUCGCUGGAAGGAACAGCUAUACUAUUUUACUCACUGUAGCCAGGCACCUGGCUGUGGGGAGCUUCUGUUUAGUACUGGCACCUGGAGCUUGGAGAUAAGGAAAUCAGGAAUUCAGACUCCAGCGGAUUUUCCUCAUGCAAUAAGAAUAUGGUACAAAACCAAGCCAGAGGGAAGAUCUGUCACAUGGACUACAGACCAGAGUGGCAGGCCAUGUGUUUACACAAUGGGAUCACCAAUAAACAACAGAGCCCUCUUCCCAUGCCAAGAACCACCCAUUGCCUUGUCAACGUGGCAAGCCUCAGUCCGAACAGCUGCAGACUUUGUUGUGUUAAUGAGUGGUGAAAACUCAGCAGAACCAGUCCAGCUUCAAGAAGGUAUCUUGAGCUGGUACUACUAUGUGUCCAUGCCAAUGCCAGCAUCCACUUUCACUAUUGCUGUGGGGUGCUGGCAGGAAGUUAAACAGCAGUCCUUCAAACAAAAAGCUGCUAUUGGAACAAACACUGAGUUUUCCUUGCCAUCAUCACAAACUGAUUUAAGGUGGCAUGAAGAAGUAUGUGGUCAUGUGGAAUAUCCCUGCCGUUUCCAAAAUCCUGCUGCCAGGUUGCAAGCAGUUAUUCCUUAUAGAGUCUUUGCUCCCUGGUGCCUUAUGGAAAGCUGUGAAGAAUAUCUGCUUCAGCUAAUUCCUCAAUGCCUCUCAGCUGCCUAUGCCACACUGGGUACCCACCCCUUUUCCAGGCUUGAUGUUCUGAUAGUUCCUUCCAACUUUUCCAGCCUGGGAAUGGCUAGCCCACACAUCAUCUUUCUGUCACAAAGUGUACUGCCAGGAGGAAGCCAUCUCUGUGGAACUCGUCUGUGCCACGAAAUUGCUCAUGCUUGGUUUGGACUGGCCAUUGGUGCUCGUGAUUGGACAGAAGAGUGGUUAAGUGAAGGGUUUGCCACUUUUUUAGAAGAUAUAUUUUGGGCUAGGGCACAACAGCUGUCACAUGAUGAAAUAAAAGGGCAACAGGAAUUGAAAGCUUUACUUCGCUGGCGCCGACUCAGAGAUGAAGUGCAAAACUCUGAAGAAGAGCUGCAAGUUUUAAGGCCCAAAAAGGAGAGCACAGGAGAAUUGAGUGAGUCUGGAGCCUCUGUUGUCAAAUAUGGUCUUAAAGCAGAAAAAAUCUUCAUGCAGGUUCAUUAUUUGAAGGGUUAUUUUCUUUUGCGAUCUCUGGCAAGGACGAUAGGAGAGGUCUCAUACCUUGCAUCUUUACGGAAAUUUGUCUUUAAGUUCCACGGGCAGCUUGUCCUUUCUCAGGAUUUUCUUACCAUGCUGCUGGAAGACAUUCCUAAACAAAAACAGUCUGAGUUAACUGUAGAAAGUAUCUUCCAGAACUGGCUCGAUACUUCUGGAAUACCAAAGCCCCUGCUGGAGGAGGCAGAGACGUGGAAGGAGUGUCAGCUCGUCCGGCAAGUGAGCAGCGAGGUCGCAAAAUGGAUUCAGACAAACCAGAGGAUCAGAAAAAGCAGCAAAAAGAAAAUGAAGCAGGAUGAAGUUGUUUUCCAGCAGCUUCUCCCUGAUCAGCUGGUCUUACUUCUGGAGUUCCUCUUGGAGGAGAAGACAUUGUGUCCUAGAAUACUGCAGUGCUUAGAGAGAACAUACCAGCUCCGGGAGCAAGAUGCUGAGGUUCGUCAUCGGUGGUGUGAACUUGUCAUUAAACACAAAUACCAGCCGGGGUAUGGAGACAUUGAGAGAUUCCUCAGAGAGGAUCAGGCCAUGGGUGUGUAUCUCUAUGGUGAAUUAAUGGUGAAUGAAGAUGCAAAACAACAAGAACUUGCACGGAAAUGCUUUGCUGCAGCACAAGAACAUAUGGAUGCAUCCUCAGCCAAAGUGGUGGCAGAGAUGUUAUUCUGAAAAGGAAAGAUCACAGACAACUCUUUUAAUAGAUCUUCUACUAAACCCCGAUGGUACUAGGAUUUCAUUGACCCAGGACAUCAAAGGAAGGAUUAUGUGACUGCUAAAACAAUCAGCUGACAGAAAUAUUUACUUUUUUGUAUUUCUAGAGAUCCACUGUAACUGAGAACACAUGCACACAAAACAAACUACACAUACACACAAGUUACUCUGACUCUAGGUAAUUCUUUGAUACAAUAAUUUUGGGAUUUAUCCUUGUGCUUUGGUAAUACAAUAAUUCUGAUUUGCAGAUGCCAAAGAUUCUUGAUUUGAACAACUUUAUUUAUUUGAACAUUCUGAAAAUGGAUGAAACUGUCUUGUGUACUUACAAUUUUAUUUGUAACUUCUAUGUCAUAUUUAAAAAAUGUCAGUGUAAAAUCAGCCGGGGCUGCAGUGGGGCUCAUAAGAUUAGAGAGAAGCAGAAAUAAACUGGAAAGUUACCUGACAUCAUCCUGGUGAUGGGAUGGGACUGAAGAAAAAAACAAAGAUCAUCAUGCUCUCUCUGUCAUGUUUAAGUUAAAUUUUACUAGAAAUGUCAGACCUCCCAUUUUCUGGAAGUGUCUUUCAUACCCUUGUGAUGCUUCUUUUGCAAUGGUAUGUCAAGUGUUUCUCUUCUUCCCUGAUGAAUGAAUCUUUACAUUAUUAGAAGACAUCUUAAUUGUUCAUUUCAGAGAGUUAAGAAUUUAAACAAAAAAAAUCUGUGAACUUAUUUCCUUUGUACUCUACUGUUUUAUAUCAAAUCCUCUUUGAUAGUAAUAAAAAUAUCAAAAUAAAUUAUUUUUUAAGUACA